GCUGAUAGUUAUGGUCUAAAAUGAGCCAGAAGAACAUGGAGAAGAAUCAGGGAUGUGGGCGGGGUGGCUACAGGAGGCCUAAAGGCCGACGUCGAAGAUGAAUGUUUAUAUAGAGAGGAUUGAUAUCGCGAAGACAGUCCUGAGGUGUGAGCGUGAUCUUGGGUAAAGUGUCGUCCUGCCGGUGUCCCCUGCAGUGGCGGUGAGCGUGGUGGUUCAGGACCUCAAGGGCCGCAGGGUCACGUUCAGGAGGGGACCUGCUGUCAUACCGCAAGGUGCCUAACUCGAAGUUCUCCAGUAAAUUACAUGCUGAGAUGUCACACAGGCUGGGUUAAUGACAUCAGCAAGCUCCGGUUGGGAUUUCCUGUUGACGGUCUUGUUGCGUGAGGGGACCCAUUACCCUUCUGUACCUGAUGUCAUAUAUUCUGAUGCCGAGUUCUAUAAACUAUAUCGAACAAACCAUAUCUUCGUGUAGCUCAUCAAACAAGAACUUAAUUGUAAUUAAUGAAUGGUGUGAUACAAUGUGUGUGAAGUACGUGUUUGAAUAUGGUCUAGAGUCUGAAAUUAUAUUUUCAUAAGUUCUUUUUGUGAAUUUUUUAAAUUUGAGGUUUUGAGUAGCAGUAGUGUUCUCGUUAUUUUAGUGUAUUUUGCUUUUUGUUAUAUAAUGUCCUUCUGUAAAUUAUAAUUAUCUCCUGGGGGGUACUGGAUUUGCGUGUUUUUUUGUUUUGUUUUUUUGCAUUUUUUCUCCUCUUACCUUGAUCUGCUGACUUGAUGUUUGUCUUUAGAAUUUAAGCUCUAUUCAGCAGCUCUGGCCCCUCGCACGCCAUCUCCCAUCUGCCUGCUCUUCACCCUCUUUGAGAGGAAGAAGAGGAGCAGGUCCUCCCUGACAUGGGCACGUCGGCCGAAGCCAUGCAGGUCCCACUGGAUGAGGAAGAGGAGGAGGACAUGGAUGAAGAGGAGGCCGUCAAUGAUGAGAAUUACCUGGCCAAGAGGCGCCUUGACAGCCCCACCUCUAUGGGCGUGGUUCCUGCCGCAAAGAGGCCACGCCUCCCAGGUUUCCGAUCACCAGACAGCCCGGACUGGGGGACCGAACCACGGGAACCGCUUAGCUCACUCAACCCCCAGCGGGUCCCAGCCCCUGCAGGGGUACCCCCUCUCCACCCCCACGACGGUUCGGGCUCCCAGGCUACAUCCCCUGGAGUGGCGGACCACAUCCCCACAUCCAGAGCACAGCUGCCCACACCCAAGAUCCCCAUCACCCCUGGUCGAAAACCCAAAGUCGGCUCACCUGGCAGGCAGAGGGUCAAGUCCCCAAAGAGGGCCAGCUCCGGCGGCCUGCCCGGCAGCCCGGCCCGCUCUCCUAAAGCCUCACAGAAAGAGAAGAAGAAGUCUCCUGGGAAGACCAAAAGCCCCAAGAGUCCCAAGCAAGGCUUAAUCAAAGCCAUCCCUCCCCAGGGGAAGACAGAUCUAACGAUAAAACCUUUGCUCCCACUGAGUGAGAAGGUAGAGAAAGAGAACAUCCUUCUAAAACCGAUUGAAUCCAUGGUGCUGGAAUCUGAGAAGCCACCUGUCGAACCGCCGCCCAGGAAGCUGGAGCUACCGGACAACACCAUUGAUGAUUCUAUCGCAGCCGUGAUUGCUAGGGCAUGUGCGGAGAGGAAGCCCGAUCCGUUCGCCUUUUCCUCGGGCUCGGAGUCUGAAGGCGAUGGCUUCUCGAGUCCACGGAGGCUUACCAUAUCGGAGCCCAUGACACAAAAGCUGGCAGUUAGUGUGAACAGCUUUGGCAAAGACGCAUCCACGCCGCUCCCUCAAAAUGUUGGUGCAACAUUGACUGGUAACUCAUGGACGAUGGACGAUUCCAUCAAUGAGGUCUUACGGAAAGUAAACCAGGGAUGUCCUUCCGGCACCCCCCCAAAUCCAGCGUAUAUUUCAUCGCCUUCAGCUUCUCCACCAACUCCGGAACCCCUGCUGAAGAUGUAUGAGGAGAAGAACAAACUGGUGGUGUCCACAGAUAUCAAGAAGAAGCUGAAGAAGGAACUCAAGAGCAAGAUUAAAAAGCGGGAGAAAGAGAAACAGAGGGAGAAGGAGCGAGACAAGGGCAAGAGCAAAGAGAAGAGCAGAGAGAAGAACAAGGACAAGGAACGAGAACUUUCUAAAGAAGCCAGGCAGCCCUGGAAAGACCUCUCCUCCAAGGAGGACGAGCAGAGGGACCUUCUCAAGCCCCGAGACAUUUCAGAGUCAGAUGUACCCAAGAUGAAAUCUAAAGAUGGUGGUGGCUCCAAGAAGGAGAAGGACAAGCACAAAGACAAGAAGAAAGAUAAAGAGAAGAGUAGGAAGGACAAAGAGAAGAGAGACAAGAGCAAAGACAAAAGCAAGGAGGACCGGCAGAAGUCUACGGCCUCACUCCUCCUCGGCCUGAAGGAGGCGCCCCUGCCGCUGUUCAGCCCCGCAGCCUGCCUGAAGCUGCCCCCCAUGCUGCCGCCGCUGCCCCCCAUCCUCCCCGACAAAGCCCCCCAGGACAAGGACAAGGAGAAGAAGAAAGACAAGAAAGAGAAGAAGAAAAAGAAAGACAAGGACAAAGAAAAGGACCGGGAGAAGGAGAAGGAGAGGGCGAGAGAAAAGGAGAGGGAAAAAGAGGAGAAGAAGAAAGAGAAAGAAAAAAGAGAAAAGGAGAAGGAAAAAGAGAAGGAGAGACACAAGCUGGAGAAGGUGAAAGCGGAGCCCCCUGUGCCACCGCCCUCCCCGGUGAUCCCCCGCCUGACCCUGAGAGUGGGCGCUGGCCAGGACAAGAUAGUCAUCAGCAAGGUGGUUCCGGGCUCCGAAGCCAAGACCCCUAUAGCCAAGACCCCUGUGGCCAAGACUGCUCCAGCCAAGACCCCAACUCCCAAGACCUCGACGCCCAAGACAACUGUUACAAAAGCUCCUUCCAAAUCCGCCCCUCCUGCUCGGCCCCGGUCACCACCCCCUGCCCCAGCCUUACUGCCGCCACCCGCACCAAUGCCAGCCACACCUCUCCCGCCCCUUCCAGUGAGCCCCGCCCCAGCGGUGCCCCUUGGUCCCAUCCCAGUGAUCGGCUCUUUCAAAACACCCGUCCGCAGCGUGGUGACUGAAACAGUCAGUACCUAUGUGAUCCGAGACGAGUGGGGUAACCAGAUCUGGAUCUGCCCCGGAUGCAAUAAGCCCGACGACGGCAGCCCCAUGAUCGGCUGCGAUGACUGUGACGACUGGUACCACUGGCCCUGCGUCGGCUUGCUCGCAGCACCCCCAGAGGACGUUCAGUGGUUCUGCGUUAAAUGUGACAGCAAGAGGAAGGACAAGAAGCACAAGAAACGGAAACAUAAAGUGCAUUAAAUACAGCAGCUUCAGAUAACUGUCCUGGACAGGCAGUGUAUGCUGGCUCCACUGCUGGCCUCACUGCAGGCUCCACUGCUGGCCCCACUGUGGGCUCCACUGCUGGCCCCACUGUGGGCUCCACUGCUGGCCCCACUGCAGGCCUCACUGCGGGCUUCACUGCAAGCCCCACUGCUGGCCUCACUGCUGGCUCCAAUGCUGGCCUCACUGCUGGCCUCACUGCAGGCUCCACUGUAGGCUCCACUGUUGGCCCCAAUAUGGGCUCCACUGCUGGCCCCACUGCAGGCCUCACUGCGGGCUUUACUGCAAGCCCCACUGCUGGCCUCACUGCGGGCCCAAAUGCAGGCCCCACUGCUGGCCCCGUUCUGCAUCUCCAACCCUUCAAGCCUGACCUUAAAACCUUCUGGCAUCCUUCAGGCCUCCCAGCUGACUGAAGAAGAGAUGAAUUCACAUUUUCCGCAUCGUUAUUGCUGAGGUUAUUAGCGAUAUCGUUAUUUUGUUCUCUCCACCCUUCUAAUUUUGCACCUUCAUAAAUCCAUUUUUAAGAAAUAACACUCGUAAUCCUGGGCUUCCGUUCCACCACCAGAAAAUCAGGUUCCUGUGAGAAGAUAGGAGAUGUUUGGCAUGCAACCGGUAAGACUGUGGCCUAGCUGGUAGCAUAAAAUAAAUGCGAUGGAUAAUGUGCCACACUCUCAGCAUUUUAUAGUCUUUUUUUUCUAGUUUUUAAGAAUUAUUUUUAAUUCAGUCCACAUCAGAAAGUGUGAGGUUUGUGAGGCAGAUUGUGAUGCAUUCAGAGACUGCUUGUAAAUACGUGUAUAUAGAGAUUCCCAAAGCAGACUGAUUUGACAAGUUUUUUUUUUCCUUAGACAAGCAUUUUUAACUCAACUGAUAUUUUGUAAAUAUUGUAUAUUUUUAAAUGGAAAUUCAUUUUACUUGGCUCUUUGUGUUAAUUGUCCCCUUUCAUUCCUGAUUUUUUUUGUAAAAUAUUUUAUUUGCUUGAUAUUACCUUAUUAAAGAUGAGCUGUUUCUUCAAAAAAAUCCCUGAGAUGAAUCUCAUUGAUAAGGAAAAUCACAAAAUAUAGUGUUCAUUGUGCAGCUUAUUUGCAGUUGUAGGUGAAAUUCUUUUUGAUUGUAGUUUCUUGUUUGGUGCAAGUAAACUGCUUUUUUCAUUUGGACACACUGUGAAAUUCUUUAGUUACAAGACUUUGUCUUUUUCCCCUUUGACCUUUUUUAAAACUGAUUAAAAGAUGACUAAUGUUCUGUC